UACGCCUCGUCGCAGUCGCUCAGUCGAGCAGCAGUGGUCGAAGAUGUCGGACUGAACUGAAACAGCUUGUAGCAGUGCCAGUGUUUCUUUUGCGAUUCAUUCGUGUGCGUGAGUGGUGAGCAAGUGCGUGUGUGUGUGUGUGCGUUUCUGUGUGUCUGGCAAGUGUCUCUGGCAAGAAGGAAGGCAAAAGAAAAGGGGCCACCAUUCGAUUUGGUGGUUUUUUUGGGGGGCUGCUUUCCGUGUUCGUUCCGCAGUGAUCUAGUUUAUCUGGUGCCGACGGGAAACGGAAGCACGAUCGGCGAUAAGCACACUUUUGGGGCAGUCGGAUUGAGGCCUUUUUUCUUAGGGGUCGGUACCGCACGAUCACCGCGAUCCUUCCUGGAGUUGUGGUGGUAGUUGUUGUGUGUUUGUGCAUGUGUUUGUGUGUGUGUGUGUGUCCCAGAGAUCAGAGGAAUGUGCCCAUUAGCGCGAGCGUGCAGGCAAAAUUCGAGCUCAACUUCUUCCGUGCCAACGUAACGUUGCAUUCUUAGUGGUGAUCUUCUCACACCAAGAGACGAACCUGAUAUCGCGCUGUGUUUCUGUGUGCGUGUGUAUGUGCAACCGAGAAAGCGUCAUCUAACGGAGGAAAGCCGAGCCUUGCUGAGGUAUAUUACGAUUUGCUCUGUGGCCCAGUGUGUUGUGUUGCAGUGGCAAGCUUGUGUGCGUAUCGACGAUCGUUUGUGCCAGCAUCAAGCCCUUUAGAAGCAGCAUCAGCAGCAUCCACCACCAUCGAGAGUGAGAGAGAGAGAGAGCCAACCGUUCCAAGAUGCCCUGCAGUGCGGUAACGCUGUCGCUCGCGACGAUAUCCGCCAUCAUCGCCGUUGCCCUGUUGGCAAUCGCCUUCUCCACAGACAACUGGCAGAGCUAUGAAGUGAAGCGGACCAACAUACAGAAUUUUAUUGCAAAACAUCCGGACGCAGCCGCACUGACCGACAGCUUCAACAACCGGCUCAUCUACUACACGCGGACACGUGGCCUGUUCCGGUACUGCUACCCGAAGGAGCGUCCUCCAGCAUCGUCCGUGCAAAUCUACCUGUCGCCGGUCGAAACCCACUGCUCGAACAUUGACUACUUCCCCGCGAACGAGGAGCACAAGGAGUCGGACUCGUUCACCGAUGACAUCAUGACCCGACUCCAUCUGGCACGUUCCGUCAUUGCUGCCUUCAUCCUGAGCUUCGUCGUCAUUUUCUGUGCCUUCUGGACUGGCCUCUCGGGAUGCUGGAAGCGUUCGGCCGGUGCCAUUACGGCGACCGCCAUCCUUAUGCUCACCGCCUGCCUGCUCGCCGCCGGUGCGAUGGGCCUGUGGCACACGGUUGAGUUUUUCGAGAAGGAAAAGGUCGUCGGCGAGGAGUACUACCAGCAGUGGAAUACCGUCCUCCGAGACAACACUCGUCUGUCGUACGACUGGUCGUACAUUGUGGCCUGGGCCGGUGUGGCCUGCAGCCUGCUGGCCUCGAUCCUGCUGUCCGGUGCGGCCGUCUGCCUGCGGGGCGAACGCGAAAAGGAGGAACAGCUGAACCUCCAAUAUCUGAUGCCCGUGUACCCCCAAAAGCAGCCUCCCUACCCUUACGGUGGUUUCCCCCAGCCCCAGCUCUAUCCGCAGCCAUACUACCACGGAUCGCAGUACGGACCGUACAACUAUUGAGUAAAACUUUUCCACCGCCUAAAAGCAGCGCGAAUGCGAAUGCGGAAAACCGAAAGCAGACCGCACGGAAUGUGCAUCAAAAUGCAUCCAAUUUGAGAAGAGAGGAAGAAGAUCGAUCGAUCGGGAAAUCUUAAAGGCCAACGCGCAACCGGUCUGGUUCUAUUUUUUUCCCUCCAAUUUUCGUGUUGUGACAGUUGGUUGGAUGCUUUUGUUUCCAACGGUCCCAAACCUUCAAUCGAGCCUAGUUAGUUAGCGUUUGUUCACAUGCGCGUUUGGUCGUGUAUGGAACAAUGUACGGAAAUUUGCGCAAUGAUCGUGAAAACUUUUACUCAAUACUUUACCCAACCCACCCACAAAACGAAGCCCCAGGGAAAAUUCUCACAAACUACUACUCGCUCCACUUGAUGUCUCUAAAAUGUCUUCCAACACCCGGAUGCAUGAUCAUGUUUUGGUUCGAUUUUCCGAACAGCGGUCAGCAAUCGCCAAGCUUCCCCCCCUUCCAAACCCGAACAUAACGUUCCUUUGCCAUUCGUCCCCAACACUUCAACUUAAGCGAAACGAUUCAACGAAAGGUUUCCAUUUUAACGCAUUACCUUACCCCCUUUACCGAGAAUCGAUUUCCAACCAAUCCAGCCCUGCAUUCCCUGUUUCAGUGAGCGAGUGCAGCCAGCGGCGAGUCGUUCCAUCGGCGAACCUUCGUGGCCGUCUUACAACACCGUUCUAUUCAUCCAGUUAGAUUAGUCCAAACGGACGUCCGGUCGCGCGUCGGUCGUCGUGCGGCCACCAUGGACGUGUGUUUCUUUAUGUAUUAUGAUGCGGAUAUGUAGAGAUAAUCGUUAGCGUAGUAUUUACUGUUUUGGUAGUAAGCGAGAUGGUCAAACAAAAGCAACGAAAGUAGACAGAGAAAAUGGCAAGUAACGUAACAAGCUCGUAAUAUAGUUUCAACGAUAGGGAGUGCAUUCAACGUGACUGAGCAGUGACAGUAUGGGAAGGGCCACUUAACACAGACGCGACAUCACGCGCGCUAGGACGAGCGAUAAUAUGAGCCGAGUGGAGUCGAAGGAAUGAAAAAUAAAGUUUAGAAUUUUUAUUUUUAAUGAAA